UAUGUGUGUGUGUUUGUGUAAAGGGGAAGUGGUUAGCGAUGCAGUUAAAACACUCUUCCUCCAUCUGCAGAAGCUGCAGAACGCACCACCCACCACGGAAGAACGCCGGAGCGCCAGAGUGAGAGGACAAAACAAAACGACAGAGAGACAAUGAUGAGACGAGGUGCACAGGAGAGGUGAACCAAAAAAGACUGAGGACAACUGAGGAAGUGACAGAAGAACAGAGAGAGAAACCUGAACACGAAAAGAAGAGGGUAAGGAAGACUCGAAGACCGAUAGAAUUGUUUUGUUGAAGUAAAGCAGAAUCUGGGGCUCUGUUUGUCGGUUGGGUUUGUCUGCACUGGGCUUCCGAGCUGAUGACCACACUUUACGGGCCAAGCUGAUCCAGAAACAGUCUCAUAGACGACGGUCACCAUGGAGCUGUGGCGUCAGUGUGCGGUUUGGUUGAUAGAGUGCCGGGUGCUCCCGGAGAGCCACAGGGUGACAUGGGCCAGUGCCCAGGUGUGCGAGCUCGCCCAAGCCCUGAGGGACGGAGUCCUGCUCUGUCAGCUGCUCAACAACCUGCUGCCCCACGCCAUCAACCUCCGGGAGAUCAACCUGCGCCCGCAGAUGUCCCAGUUCCUGUGUCUAAAGAACAUCCGUACGUUCCUGGGAGUGUGUCAGGACAAGUUUCACCUGAAGAAAACAGAACUUUUUGAGGCCUUCGACCUAUUUGAUGUCAGAGACUUCGGCAAGGUGAUAGAAACUUUGUCCAUUCUGUCCCACUCUACCAUCGCCACCCAAAGAGGAUUCCAGCCUUUUCCAUCAGUAGGCUGCAUUGCUGAUGAUGAGAUCUACAGCGGUCUGUCAGAUCAGAUGGAUGAGACGGUGGAUGAGGAUGAUGAUCUGUAUGACUGUGUGGAGGAUGAAGAGAAUGAGGGGGAUGAGAUCUAUGAAGACCUGAUGAGGGCUGACGAACCACAAGAGACCCAACAGAAGACAAUGGUGGUGGAUAAGAGAGAAUGCUGCCUGCAGGAGAUUAGACUGACAGAGGAGAAAUACACUGACACACUGGACUCUAUAUUACAGCACUUUAUGAAACCCCUCCAGAGGUUCCUUCAGCCCCACGAUAUAGAGAGUAUCUUCAUCAACACUGUGGAACUUGCAGAGACUCAUCGCAGUCUGCUGGGAGACAUCCAGACAUCCAUCCUGACCUUUGGGGCAGAGAACCUCUUCCAGGUCUUCAUCAAUUACAAAGAGAGGUUGUUGCCGUAUGGAAGAUACUGUAGUCAAGUAGAAGCAGCCACUAAACACCUGGACAGGAUCUCAACCAUGAAGGAGGAUGUCAGGAUGAAACUAGAGGAGUGUUCUAACCGGGCUAACAAUGGGAGAUUUUCUCUACGUGAUCUACUAAUGGUUCCCAUGCAGAGAGUCCUAAAAUAUCACCUCCUGCUCCAGGAGCUAGUGAAACACACCACUAGUGCAACAGAGAAAGAAAACCUUCGUACAGCUUUAGACGCCAUGAGAGACCUGGCCCAGUGUGUGAAUGAGGUAAAGAGAGACAAUGAGAUCAUAAAGCAGAUCACCACCUUCCAGCUGUCCAUAGAGAAUAUGACCCAGUCCCUGGCUCUGUAUGGACGGCCCAAGAUAGACGGAGAACUCAAGAUCUGCUCCACAGAGAAGAAGUCGAAACAGGACAGGUAUUCGUUCCUGUUUGACAAGGCCAUGUUUGUCUGUAAGAAGAAGAGUGGAGAGACCAUGGAACUGAAGGAGACUAUUGAUCUGCAGAAUUACCAGCUAAGAGACGAGACCACCUCGGAGAAGGACAACAAAAAGUGGUCCCAUUCAUUCCUACUCAUAGACAGCUAUGGGAAGGCUGGAUAUGACCUGUUUUUCAAGACCAGAGACCUGAAGAAGAAGUGGCUGGAGCAGUUUGAGAUGGCACUGUCCAACAUGUGUCCAGAAAACUGCACAGCCAACAAUCAUGACUUCCAGAUGCACUGUUUUGAAGACACCACCUGCUGCAAGGCCUGCUGCAUGCUGCUGAGGGGGAUAUUCUUCCAAGGUUAUCGUUGUACUCGUUGCAAAAUGGCCGCUCAUAAAGAAUGUCUUGGACGAGUACCAGCCUGCGGACGCAACUCAGAAUAUUCAGGCACCUUAAAAAAGAAUAAGAAGUCCGGGCCUCACAGACCAGCCGGGCCUGGUUUUCCUAAGAUGGAGGUGUGUGAAGAAUACUACGGUUUGCCCCCGCCCCCUGUAGCCUUCGGCCAACCCCUGCACCUCUCUAUGGGUGAUGUCAUCGAACUGACAAAGGCAGAGGCCGACCUACAGUGGUGGGAGGGAAAAAACGUGAUGAUUGGUCAGACUGGUUGGUUCCCCUGCAGAAAGGUCAAGCCCUUCAUCUCUAAAUCGACCCCUGACCUAUCAUAUUUCCAGUGGUUCGCGGGGAACAUGGACCGCUCAGCAGCGAAAAACCUCCUAAUUUCACGAUCGGAUGGGACAUUUCUGGUCCGCCAGAAAGACGGAGGAGAGUUCGCCAUCAGCCUCAAGUUUAACAUGGACAUCAGACACAUCAAGAUCACAUCAGCAGAGGGCCUCUACCGCAUCAAUGACAAAAAGGCCUUUAAAGGGAUCAUUGAGAUGGUUCAGCACUACCAGCAGAAUUCUCUCAAGGAGUACUUCAAGGAUGUGGACACCACCCUCCAAACACCUUUCAAACAGCCCGAGCAGAGCAACGCAACCCCCAACGCACCGUCGCCAGGGGGCAGUAUGCGUUCCUUCAGCACGGCGAGGGCCAGGUACGACUUCUCAGCCAGAGACCGGACAGAGCUGUCCCUGAGGGAAGGCGACACGGUCAAGGUCCUCUCCAAGAAGGCCCACAACGGGUGGUGGAAAGGAGAGGUUUACGGACGGGUUGGCCUGUUUCCGGCAAACUAUGUAGAAGAGGACUACUCUGACUACUGUUGACGGAGCCUCACCCCCCCUGUGGGACAGACCGCCGGUUCCACUUCAACACUUACACAUCAAUGUUCUCAACCAGGUGGAUUCAGUGUGGUCGAGCAUCAUCGCAGCUUAUGAGUCACAACUGAGGGUUGCAAUUUAUUUUCAGAGUCCCAAUUUCCAUCUGUAGAUGUCUUAUAGAUAGUAUUACUAUCAACCAACUAUCUGCUGAAAGCGAAUUCUUGCUAAGGUUAGGGGUACAACAAGAUUUGGGGUUAAGAUUAGGUUAGAGGUAAGGGUUAGUAGUUAACAUGUUACUGAUAUUCAGUAAGUAAUCUGUAGACCAUCUAUACAGACCCUUUUGGUUCUCUCAAAAUGAAGUGUUCCCCAACUUAGAGAGCAUCACGACUGUUCAGAAAGGCAGUAUGCUGACUGGUUCAGAAGCUGUGGUAUAUCAGACCAUACAACACAGAUGGGGAGGGGGGGGGGGGUGUCUAUUUUUAACUACGUUGUUAACCAGUUCAAAAUAGCAAUAAAACAUCCCAGGGGUCUGUGGUUUAUGACCUAUAUACCCUGGCCCUGGGCCGUACCCAGGCACUCUGGGGUGUAUUGUACAAAAGAACUAACUUUAGCCAUGGAAUAUUGGCCAUAUAACACAAACACCCCUGUUGCUUAGAUAGACCUCAGCCUGAUUCCGUGUCCAAUUGAUAGUUCAAUACAGUUUAGUUUUCUGACGGGUGACCGGCUGGACCACGGCCUUCUUGUGUGCAGAACAAUGCUGUGAAUAAACCUCUGACUUUAACAGUA